UCCGCUUCUUCCUCAUCGUCCACCCCCUCAUCUGCUGUCUGCUUCCAGGAGGCGCUUCGCCUACUCUACCAAAAGCACGCAGCGCCUACUGGGCCCGUGCGGCCUCCGGUCUCGGCGCCACCUAUUCAGCCCCUACCGAUACAAAUGCUACCUAGCGGUCAUCGGAAGCGCUAUUCCACGGACGAGGUGGAGGGACCAGGCCUCGAAGUACCUUUGGGUGCAGAAGUCUCACCAUCAGCGGCAGGAUCAUCAACGGCAAUGUCACAGGUCUUCCCCAGGCGCCAAUCCGAGUCUGGGCUGUACCGAAUGACAGGAAGAAUGCAACGUCAACAGCCUGGCGAGCAAAUGACAUUGAAACGCGUGCGCUCAGAGCACCAAAAUCUGCCGUUCUCCAUGCUCGGACAACAGCGACAAGCCGGACCGCCUCUGGCACUCACAAUGGUGCUUGGUGAACAGGUAGAUUCUUGCUCCUUGUUUUAG